AUGUUCUUCUCCAAGACGGCCGUCCUCGCUCUCGCCACCGCUGCCGUGGCCCUCCCUACCAGCCAGCAGCUGGACAAGCGCGCUGGCAUGCUGAAGAGCGAGCCCUAUGCCAACUUUCAGAUCUCUGACGGCGUCGGUGGUGACGCCUUGGCCGAGGUGAAGAAGAAGUUCCCGAUUGAUGAUUCCAAGAUCGCAAACAUCGAUCCGGCCGAUCUCAAGAUCAUCAAGGACGCCCGCACCACGGCGGAGAAGGCCGAGACGGACGGCUUCGACCCCGCCAUCGCCAAGGCCACUGGCGAAGAAAAGGAUGAGCUUGAAGUAGGCAAGAUCAAGAACAAGGUCCUGAAGCUGCAACUCGAGGUCGAGGAGCUCCAGGCCGAGAUGGCCCAGAAUAUGAACACUAUGAGUGCCGAAGCAAAGAAGACUCAGCAGGCCAAGCUCACCGAGGAGCAACAGAAGCUGUCCAAUAACAUCGCCGAGGACAAGAAGAAUGCCGGGAAGAAAAGCAAGAGCGUUCCCUUUAACGGCUGA